AUGUCCGAGCGAUACAAUAGGAUACUCAAGGUCAUUGCCUCGGACGCGACGAAAGCCGAAGAGACGGGUCAGAUGAAGACUCUGCAUAUUGGUAGUCUCGANAAAUCCGAGCCGAAGCACGAGCAUGUCGGUGGUAUAGAUUCCAACGAGCCUCUGUUGCUUGAAUUGCCACCUCUGGAAUGGAGAAGGCUAGCCAACAAAGUGGUAAAAGCCGAAGUCUACGGCACUUCUGUUGCUAGCCGUGUUAGCUUCAUGUCAGUCUUGACGAGUUUGGAAGAGAGACAGGCUCGGUGGCACACCAUGGAGCCGACUGAAGAUUGCCCGAACCCGGCUCAGAGAAGACACGAUAUGCACGACCAUAACAAUAACCCAAUGUGCUUAAUGCUGGCACGUGAAGCGAAGAAGAUCGUUGGACUCUUCGACUACAGCUGA